CUCGCCAGCCGCCCGGUGAAGGGGCUGAAGGGGGGGCAGCGGCCGCCAUGUCGAGCCUGGCGGUGGAGUCGGUGGACGGUCCCGUCGGGAAACGACCGGACUCGUUAGAUUUGCUGGAGCGUUGCGGUGUCUGCCGGGAGCGGCUGAGGGCCGAGAGAGAACCGCGGCUGCUGCCCUGCCUCCACUCCGUUUGCCGGGAGUGCCUGAGGGCCGCGCCGGGCCCCGCUGCCGCCCCCCCACCCCCCGAUGGGCUAGUGAUCGACUGCCCCAUCUGCAAACACCAAUGUCACCUGAAGGAUGUCGUGGAGAACUACUUUCUGAGGGACAGAGGGGCCGAGACAGCUGCCACCAGCCAGGGCUCGAGUCAGUGCUGCACGAGCUGCGAGGACAACGCGCCAGCCACCAGCUACUGCGUGGAGUGCUCGGAGCCGCUCUGCGAGACCUGCGUGGAGGCCCACCAGCGGGUCAAGUACACCAAGGACCACACGGUCCGGGCCACAGGCAGUGGCAAGGCGAAGGAGGGGGAGCGCGCCGUGUACUGCUCCGUGCACAAGCACGAGCCGCUGGUGCUCUUCUGUGACACGUGCGACACGCUCACCUGCCGUGACUGCCAGCUUAAUGCCCACAAGGACCACAAGUACCAGUUUCUGGAGGAUGCGGUGAGGAACCAGCGCAAGAUGCUGGCGACGCUGGUGAAGCGCCUGGGCGACAAACACGCCAACCUACAGCGCUCCACCAAGGAAGUGCGCAACUUCAUUCGCCAGGUGACGGACGUACAGAAGCGGGUGCAGGUGGAUGUGAAGAUGGCCAUCCUCCAGAUCAUGAAGGAGCUCAACAAGCGUGGCAAGGUGCUGGUGAGCGAUGCCCAGAGGGUGACGGAGGGGCAGCAGGAGAAGCUGGAGCGGCAGCACUGGGCCAUGACCAAGCUGCAGCGGCACCAGGAACACAUCCUCCGCUUCGCCUCCUGGGCCCUGGAGAGUGACAACAGCACCGCUCUGCUGCUCUCCAAGAAGCUGAUCUGCUUCCAGCUCCACCGUGCCCUCAAGAUGAUCGUGGACCCCGUGGAGCCGCAGGGUGACAUGAAGUUCCAGUGGGACCUUAAUGCCUGGACCAAGAGCGCAGAGAGCUUUGGCACCAUCAUCUCAGAGCGGAGCCUCCCCCCGCCAUCCCUCAGCCCCCAGCUACCAGCCACUAGCCCCCGCGGCCCCAGCCCUGCUGCAGGUGCCUUGCAGGGGCCCCUGCAAGCCACAGUUGUGAGCAAAGGGCAAUACGCUCCCAGUCCCCUCCUGCAGCCCCCCACGGGACCCCAAAUCGGAGCUGAGGAGGGGCAGGGGACCCCCGGUGUCCCACAGAGUGGUGGGUUGGGGCUGGGGAUGCCCACCCUGCCUCAGUUUCCCCUGGGGACAGAGGGGCUGGGCUGCCCCGAACUGUCCCCCCCGCACCUUUACCCGCAGACGGCCGAGAGCCCCGAGGACAUGGCUGCAGUCACAGAGCUUGCAGCCAACGGCCCCCCUGAAGCUGCUGUCACAGGAGUGAAGAGGAGAGCACAUGUUAAUCCUCCUGGGGAGGAGGAGAAGUUCGUUAAGAAGCUGGUCAUUAAGCGGAGCCGCCCCCCCGGGGGCCCUGUGAGCACCCUCCUCCGCAAGGUGCCGCGGGUCAGCCUGGAGCGGCUGGACCUGGAUCUGUCGGGGGCGGCGCAGCCCCCCGUCUUCCGUGUCUUCCCCGGCACUUCGGCCGAGGAUUUCAGCCUCAUCGUCAUCGAGCGGGGGGCACAGCCGCGGCUCCCCGCCCCCUUCACUGUCAAGGUGGAGCAGCAGGAGGCGGCCAUCGGGGAUACCCAGGACACCAAGCCGGUGGGGCUGCUUCCAGAGCACCCUGGGGUGCUGGGACCCCCUGGAGCCUCGUUGGGGCUGGGAUCAGCCCCCCCGGGAGCCCCCCCUAUCCCCGGGGUGUCCUGUUGCCGUGUCUGCUGCCAGGCUGGUGCCGUGGUGAUGUGUGACCUCUGCGAGCGCUGCUACCACCUCGACUGUCACCUCCCUGCCCUCCAGGAGGUCCCCAGCCCCGAGUGGAGGUGUUUGCUGUGCCAGGACCUGCCACCCCCCAGCGACGACGUCGCCGACGGCUUUGAGGAGGGGCUGCCCCACAAACUCUGCCCCCAGGACCAGCAGAAAUGUGAGUACGUGCUGCUGGAGCUGCUUUGCCACGAGCCCUGCCGGCCCCUCCACCGCCUCUCCAGCUCCCCGGAGAACCACGACGCCAUCGACCUGACCCUCAUCCGUGCCAAGCUGCAGCAGAAGCUCACCCCCUACUACCGCAGCCCCGAGGAGUUCGCCCACGACGUCUGGAGGAUGAUCCGGCAAUUCAGCCGACUCACCGAGGUGCCGGGUGCCCCCCGGGUGGGUUUCUGGGGGGCCGGGGGGGCUUAUCCAGCCCCCCCCUCAUCCCUAUUUCCCCCCACCGCCUCGUCUCCCCAGGACAAGGCGGACGUUCAGUCCAUCCUGGGCUUGCAGCGGUUCUUCGAGGCCCGGCUCAGCGCCGCCUUCGGUGACCGCAAGUUCUCUUCCGCCCUCCUCCUCAAACCCGUCAUCCCUCUGGAUGAGGCCGAAGGCUCCCCGGCCCCCCCCGCCGGUCCUCUGGGGCCCUGAUUGCCCUCCCUUGGGU